GAAGGUGAUGUCUGGCCUAAUUCAUCAGCUGAAAUCACAGUGUACUUUAAUCCUCUGGAAGCCCGGCUCUACCAGCAGACAGUUUACUGUGACAUUUCAGGUAAAGACUUUCUCUAUGUGGAGAUUGUGGAAGAUGUACCGUGUAUUGUACCUACCCUCCACAUGGUUAACCCAGAGGUGGACUUCGGGCACUGCUUCCUGAAGUACCCCUAUGAGAAAACAGUCCAGCUUGUCAAUCAUGAUGACCUCCCAGGAUGCUAUACAGUCCUGCCUCAGGUAUAUGGAGACACACCUGCCGUGUUACUCUCCAGUCCCAUGCCCUGUGGAGUCAUCCCUCCCCACAGCACCGUUCACAUACCUCUGGCCCUGGAGACCCAGGUCACUGGGGAAUAUAGGUCCACAGUUUACAUCUCGACCUUUGGGAGCCCGGAUCCCCCUAUGGUAUGUCGCAUAAAAAGCAUUGGAGAAGGCCCAGUUAUCUAUGUACAUCCCACUCAAGUUGAUUUUGGCAAUAUCUACGUCUUAAAGGACUCCCCGAGGAUUCUCAACCUAUCUAACCAGUCCUUCAUCCCCGCAUUAUUUCAAGCACGCAUGGCACACACAAAGUCCCUGUGGACGAUUGAACCCAGUAAAGGCAUGGUUCCCCCGGAAACCGAUGUUCAGCUGACACUGACUGCCAACCUGAACGACAUCCUGACCUUCAAAGACACGGUCAUUUUGGACAUAGAAAAUAGCAACACUUACCGGAUUCCUGUCCAGGCUUCCGGAGUUGGCUCCACCAUCGUCUCAGAUAAGCCCUUUGCUCCAGAGCUCAAUUUGGGAGCACAUUUUAGCCUGGACACCUAUUUUUACCGCUUCAAGUUGACCAACAAAGGACGUCGGGUCCAACAGUUGUUCUGGAUGAACGAAGAUUUCUGUCCACAGGACAAGCUGAGCAAGAAGGGCCUGGCUAAGAAGGGUCUUGCUAAGAGCCAGCCCCAACCCCAGUGCUCCCAGGAGUCCAGGGCUCCUCCAGGCCCCGUGUUUCAGCUCCAUCCCGUCAGAAUGGAGCUGUACCCAGACCAGACGAUUGAUGUGAUGCUCGAAGGCUAUUCUGCUACUCCCAGGGUAAGAGGACAUUUGCUCUUGCAGAAACCUAACACUAUCCUGGAACCUGAUUACCAGCCCUUGGUCAUGAAGAACAUUUCCACCCUGCCUGUGAAUGUGUUACUCUCAACAAGCAGACCUUUCUUUAUCUGCGAGAGUGAUAAAUCUCCCCUGCCAUUAACUCCGGAGCCUAUUAAACUGGAGAUUGAUGGAGAAAAAAACUUGCUGGUCAAAUUUGACCCUUCCUACAGAAAUGAUUUGAACAACUGGAUGGCAGAAGAAAUUCUAGCGAUCAAGUACAUGGAGCACCCUCAAGUAGAUAGCCUGAACCUGCGUGGAGAAGUGAACUACCCCAACCUCAGCUUUGAGACCAUGGAGCUGGAUUUUGGCUGUAUCCUGAAUGAUACCGAGGUGAUCCGAUACGUAACAAUUACCAACUGCAGCCCCUUGGUGGUGAAGUUCCGCUGGUUCUUCCUGGUGGACAACGAGGAAAAUCAGAUAAGGUUCGUGUCAUGGCCGAGGAAGGCCUACAGUGCCCCCCUGUCCCAGGUGGAGUCCAUCCCAGUAAUCUCCGCUUCUGCCAGCUCACCAGCGGUGCCAGCGAUAGAGUCCCCCGAGAUGGAUCUAAAUGAUUUCGUUAAGACUGUCCUCACGGAUGAAGACGUUGGGUGCGAAGAAAGAGAAUACAAGGAAGUGCAAGUGCCCACCGUGGUCAUCUCAGAUGGAUUAAAAUUUAACUCUGCUGAAACAGAAAAAACAGACCCAAACCUGAGCCAGGUGGAGUUUCAGGAACCCCCAUGGAUCUUUGAGCGAGAAGAAAUGCUUUCCAUUGGGAUAGAAGAAGUGUUUGAUAUUCUGCCCCUCUACGGAGUGCUGCGGCCGCAUAGUAGCCACCAGAUAUCCUUCACCUUCUAUGGACACUGUGAUAUCACUGCACAGGCUAAAGCCCUGUGCGAAGUGGAAGGAGGGCCCACCUAUGAGAUAAUGCUGAGGGGAGAGGCAUCCCUGGUCAACUAUUCCUUUGACACCAAGGAUAUUAACUAUGGAUUGCAGCUGUUCGACCACGUCACAGAGAAGGAGAUCACACUGAGGAACACUGGGAAAGUUGGCUUUGAGUUCAAGGUUCUGACUGACCACCUGUCUUCACCGGACAACCUUCUGCCCGGAGCGCCCCUAAUCCUGCCCCUCUCGGGUUUUAUCAGUUCACAUCAAGAGCAGGUGUUGAAGGUGUACUACUUACCUGGAGUACCUGAGGUCUUUCAGAGGAGUUUCCAGAUACAGAUUGCCCACCUGGACCCAGAAAAUAUCACUCUGCGUGGAGAGGGUAUCUUUCCCCGAAUCUGCCUCGAUCUCCCCAGGAAACUCCACGGAAAUAAAAAGUAUGAAACCUUUUUGAAUCAAGCCAGAAAAAACCUAGAAAAAGAACACAACAAAUAUGAAACACUCAUUGACUUAGAGACAACUGAGGAAAUGCCUGAGGAUGAAUCUUCUGAGUUAAGUCCUCAGCUCCAGAUGGAAGUAGAGCGACUUAUAGUCCAAGGCUAUGCCAUAGAACAUCAGAAAACAAUUAUCCCCGAUUCCACAGAUGACUUUAGCUAUCGGAGUCGUCGAAAACUAGCCAAAGUCCAGCUGCCAGAGUAUAUCCUGGACUUUGGCUACAUCAUCCUUGGUGAUGUCCGAACACACAUCAUCAAGAUCACCAACACCAGUCACUUCCCAGUGUCCUUCCACGCAGAAAAGCGCAUCCUCCAUGACACAGGCUUCAGUACGGAGUUAGAUCGUGUAAAGAAUCUGCCUUACUGUGAAACGGAAACAUUUGAAGUGAAAUUUGACCCACAAGGGGCCAGUCUUCCUGUUGGAAACAAAGAGGUCAUUUUGCCCAUCAAGGUGGUUGGAGGGCCAACAAUACACAUCUGUCUCCAAGCCAAGGUGACCAUUCCCACUAUGACACUGUCUUGUGGAAAAGUGGAGUUUGCCACAAUUCAGUGUGGACAGUGCCUCAUGGAAACUGUUCAGUUUUCUAAUCCUCUCCAAGUCCCUUGUGAAUGGUUCGUCCACAGUCAUAAGCCAGUUAACAAGCUGGAGAAACACAUGCCGAAAUACUUAAGACGGAAACUACAUGCUGAAUUAAAGCCAAAGACACGCAUCUUUGAAAUCCAGCCCAUGUCUGGGGUCCUGGGUCCUGGGGAGAGGUCCAACGUGCAAGUGAAAUUCAUGCCUAAAGAAGAGAAAUUCUACAGCCAAACCCUGGUGUUCCAGAUUGCCCAGAGUGCUCAGAAGCUUACGCUGCUGGCGCAGGGGCAAGGUUUAGAGCCAUGCUUGGCAUUUAGUCCUUCGGUUCUGGAGCUGGGGCCGCUGCUGCCAUAUGCACCCGGAGACGAGGCUGAGGUGGUGGUGAAGAAUCCCUGCAGCUUUCCCAUUGAGUUUUACUCCUUAGAAUUUGACCAGCAGUAUCUCUUAGAAGAGAAGAUCUUGCGAACGCUGAAGGGCUAUGAUCCCUACAACACCUUGCUGCUGCCUCCCCGCCUUCCCGGGGAAAAGCUGCCCCCAGAGCUGUACGAGUACUUUAAGGAGAUGAAGCGGUCAAAGGAGGAGCAGAUGAAGGCCAAGUAUCUGGAAAGUCUGGUCCAGGAAAACGAAGAGGAAGAUGGGCCCUCAUCAGAUCUGGGAACCUCGGCCAGUACGAAGAGGACCUCACUGAGCCUAGGGAUCUCGGUCACAUCCAACCUGGAAGAGCGGCACCUCCCUAUGAUGGAGUCCAAGACCUACCCAGAUGAAGAGGAAGAUGAGGAGAGCCUGGAAAAAAUAACGUUUCAAACUGACAAGUUACAGAGCAUUGACAGCCACUCCACAGAAGAAGUUGGAGAAGUAGAGAACAACCCUGUAAGCAAGGCAAUCGCUCGCCACCUGGGCAUUGAUAUUUCUGCAGAAGGCCGCAUGGCCAAGAACAGGAAGGGCAUCGCCAUCGUCGUCCAUGGGACGCCCUUGGCCGGAAAGACGGCCACUGCAAUCAGUAUGGCCAAAUACUACAACGCAGCCUGCUUGAACAUUGACUCCAUCGUGCUGGAAGCCAUCUCCGAUGGCAACAACAUCCCGGGGAUCCGGGCCCGGGAGCUCUGCAUCAGGGCUGCCAUAGAGCAGUCCAUAAAGGAAGGAGAAGAGUCUGCCCAGGAGGCUGCUUCAGGCCAAACUGCUGUGGGACAAAUACGUCUGAGCAGUGAGACCCUGGGCAAGCUGACCUCAGAAUCCACCCUGGUAACCCCUGAAUUUAAACCUACAAAGACUGUGCGUGGGAGCAUGAUGAUCGCCAAAAGCAAGACAGAGAGCCACGGCUCCGGGUCUCAGAAGCAGCAUCACCAGCAUGCGUCUGAAACGCCGCAGGUUUCCUCCAGCCCCCUCCCUACAGGGCCCACGCAAUGCCGGCUCAGUGUCAGCCCCAGUGUCGGAGGUGAGACCGGGCUCAUGAGCUGUGUGCUCCCUGAGGACCUACUCACCCAGAUCCUGGCUGAGCGCAUCCAGCUGAGUGACUGCUUCCGGGGAGUGGUGUUUGACAGCCUUGAGACGCUCUUCGCUCAGAACAUAGCCGUGGCUCUCCUCUGCCUGCUGAAGGCCAUCGGCAACCGGGACCACAUCUAUGUCGUCAACAUGGCCCAGGAGUACACAGCCAUGAAGGCCCAGGAGAAAGCCAAGAAGGAGCAAGAAGAGCACAAACGCAGGGAGGCACUUGAGAAAGAGAAGGAGCGUCUCCAAAAUAUGGAUGAAGAAGAAUACGAUGCCAUGACAGAGGAGGAGAAGAUCAUGUUCAAUCGAGAGGUUCAGCAGGCCCUCCGUGAGAGGAAAAAGAGGGAGCUGGAGAGGCUGACAAGGGAGAUGCGUGAAAAGAAGCUACAGCAGGAGCUCGAGCGGCAAAAGGAAGAAGAUGAGCUAAAACGGAAGGUUAAAAGGCCAAAGCACAGACCAGUGAAGGAGGAACCUCUCCCAAAGAAAUCUCAAACAAACCGGCAGGUUCUUACUUUUUCCAAACUAGAGGUCAAGAUGGAUGCACUAGAAAGGAAAGUAUCUGUUAGGGAACAUUUAAAUGAGAAGGACGAUCUAAGCAAGAGGAGAAAGAACCAGCUAGGAGAUAUCCACAUGCUCGGGUUUCCCCUUGCCCAGGAACAAGAGGACAGCGAAGGGGACCUCCUGAAGGAUGCUGACAAGCACUUGGCCCAGAAGUUUAAGACCUAUGAGUUGACUCUGAAGGAUAUUCAGAACAUCCUCAUGAACUGGGACCGGAAGCAAGGCAUUCUGGUGCAUCACACUGGCGCCGAGGACAUGCCCCACGAGCCUGACGACCAGCGCCAGGUUCCGUCAGGUGGGCGCCGAGGCCGCAAGGACAGAGAGAGGGAGCGUGCGGAGAAGGAGAGAGCCGAGAAGGAACGCCAGGAGCGGGAGAAGGCCGAGAGAGAGCGUCUAGAGAAGCUCAGGGCACUGGAGGAGCGGAGUGACGGCGGAGAGGGGGAAGGAGGGGAGGAGGACCACCACGAGGGGAAGAAGGAUCUGGGUGUGCCAUUCAUAACCGUCCAGACGCCCGACUUCGAAGGCUUGAGCUGGAAGCUGGCCCUUGAGAAUGACAGGCUUCCCAAAGGGGAUCAGAUCCUGGACAUCUUGGGUCUGGGUUCCUCUGGACCACCCAUCCCACCUCCUGCCUUAUUCUCCAUCAUCUCCUACCCCCUGAAGCGGCUGCCUUUGACCACAACAGAAAUCCUGAAGCAUUUCGUGUUUGUGAUUCCCCCAUCCGAAGAGCUCUCCCUACUGGAGGAGAAAAGAGAAGGAGAAGCAGAAACAGAGCUUUCAGGCACCGUGGGCUCCGGGAAGACCCAGGAGGAGCAGACCACCUCCUCUAAGGGGAGCAGACAGAAACCGAAGGAAAAAGCGGAUCAGGCCCGAGACACUCAGAAGGACAAACGUCGCAUGGCCUUCAACAGGAAGGGCCUUUCUGGGGGAACAGCCGGAGUCAUUGCCCCCUUGUCGGACAUGGACCAGAACAACUUCGCUGGGCAGCUCUCCCAGGAGAAGUUCAUCAGGCUGAAUCAUUUCCGGUGGAUCGUGCCAGCCAACGGUGAGGUGACACUGCGAAUACACUUCUCUUCCAAUGAGCUCGGGAACUUUGACCAGACGUUUAACUUCGAGAUCCUUGGAACUCACCGCCAGUACCAGCUCUAUUGCCGAGGUGUCUGCAGUUACCCUUACAUUUGCCAAGACCCAAAGGUGGUAUUUACUCAGCGGAAGAUGGACAUAAAGCAAAAUGAGGUCAUCUUUAAGAAGUAUGUUAUGAGAAUGGAGAAGUUUUACUUCGGGCCACUGCUUUGUGGAAAAUCAAGAGAUAAGUACAAGUCCUCCUUGUUCCCAGGCAACAUGGAGACACUGACCAUCCUGAACAAUUCCCCAAUGGUUGUGGAGGCGUUCUUCUGUUUUCAGAAUGAUGUCAAAGCAAGCACCUAUUUCCUGGAGCCCGUCAACAUGACUCUAAAACCCAGUGAGAAGCAGGUGCUGAAUGUAUGGGCCUACCCUACCGCAGUUGGUGUCUUUGAUGACUGCAUUGUCUGCUGCAUCAAGGAGAACCCAGAGCCAGCUGUCUUCAAGUUAACCUGCCAAGGUGUCCGCCCAGAACUAGAGCUGGACUCCAGACAAUUGCAUUUUGACCGGCUCUUGUUGCACAGAAAAGACUCCAAGGUAGUUCUUCUCCGCAACGUCACGCCCCUGCCCGUGGCCUGGCGGAUCACCAGCCUGGAGCACCUGGGCGAUGACUUCACCGUGUCCACCAUGCAGGGGACCAUCCCCCCCAAGGCUGAAUACAGCCUGCAAGUUCACUUCCAGCCCUCCAAACCUGUCAACAUCAAGAAGGUGAUCCGGUUGGAGGUUCUGGAUGCAGACAAUCUCAUUGGUGUUGUUCAGAUUGAAAACAUCUUGGUCUUUGCAGAGUCUUACGACGUCGCCUUGGACAUCACCUUCCCCAAAGGAGCUGAAGGAGGCCUCGAUUUUGGGAUUGUGAAGGUCAUGGAAGAGGCAAAGCAGCCCCUGCAACUGAAGAACCGUGGGAAGUAUGAGAUCAUGUUCAGCUUUUCUGUGGACUCCUUAGGGAUUUUGGCAACCAAUGUAAAUUCUAUGAUCUCAGUCCAACCCAAGAAGGGCUCAUUAACCUCAACAGAAAAGCCCACAACUGUCCAGGUGUUAUUUCGUGCUAAAAAGGAAGUGAAGAUUGAGCACCAGCCAGUUCUUCGCUGUCAGAUUAUUGAGCCCAGUAUCACAGAAGGAGGUGAAAUCAUUGCCAGCAUCCCAAUUAAGUUUUCUGUGAAUGCAGUGUACUCCAAAUACAACAUCAGCCCCUCCGCCAUCAUCAACUUUGGGGCUUUGAUCUGUGGCACUCGGAAAAGCACCACCUUCACCAUAGAAAACCAAGGUGUUACUGACUUCAAGUAUGCCCUCUAUAGGCUGACCGGGGAGAGCCCCAUUCAUCAAAAGAAAGCAGUCAGCCAUGUUAGACAUGCAAGAUCCCGGGAAAGCGAGAACUUCUACAAAGCUAGCCCUUCCAAAGCAGCUAAGUUCUCUGAUGCUGUUCAGAAAGAAGUAAACAUCACAAACCAGGUGCGCUUCACCCACGGCAUGUUCACCGUGUACCCUGGGUUUGGCUCCAUCCCCUCCGGAGGAACGCAGGUCAUCACUGUCGACUGCGUGGCUGACCCCGUGGGAAGGUGUGAGGAAUUCAUAGCGAUCGAUAUAUCUGACCGAGACCCAAGAGACCAGCCUGCGGGCAUUCCUUACAGCUUGCUGGCCGAAGCCUGUCUACCAGCCUUUGUGACUGACAACAAUGCCUUGAUAUUUGAAGAGCACCAGAUUUGUAGCAGCACCACUCUGCUCAACAUCCUACAGACCAUAGAGAAUGGGGGGCUCUUUGUGGAGGAUGAAAACAAGUUCAUCUUCUGUAACGUCCUGGUGGGUCAUCAGGCCAAGGCUCGGUUCAAGAUCAGCAACGUGGGAAAGAUUGCCUGUGAUGUGAACAUCGUAGUUAAGCCCAUCUCCAACAAGCUUAUUGCCCGAAUCACUGAUAUUUUUGACGUGGAACCUAAUAAGAUGUGUGUUGCCAGCCGCUCACAUGCCUUUGCCACGGUGACGUUCACCCCACAGACCAUGCAGACCUACCAGUGUAUCUUCGAGGCUACGUUGGAUGGCUUGCCUAGCAACCUGACCAGGAACCGAAGCCUUGUGUUUGACAUCGUUGGGGAAGGGAACCUCCCUCGGGUGACCAUAGUGCGGCCAGUUCUCUGCAACCAAUAUGGAAACCCCUUGCUCCUCUUCAGGAGGCUUCUGCUUGGUCAGUCAGAGAAGCUGCCUCUCAUCCUCAAGAACAAUGGCACCAUCCCCGCCCAGCUGCAUGUUGAUCUGAGGGACCAACUAGGCGUCUUCUCCCUGAAAGGGACCCUCACCACAUCCUACAUCUAUAUCACAGAGGAGAACAAACCACAUGCAAAAGCAAAGAAAGCUCACACGGCCUCCCUGGUUGUUCCUCCUGGAAACACAGCUGGAUUCGAUGUCGUCUUCCAAUCCCAGAAGGUUGGGAGAAUGGCAGGCACCAUCCACUUGUCAGUGAUCAACAACCAGUAUGAGGAGACAAUCAUCCACAUGGUGGGAGAGGGUUACGAGGAUGACAUCACCUUGGGCAACAUCCAUGGGCUGGUGGUUUCCAGCAGCCCUGAGGCCCCAGAGAUCUCUGAGAUCAUUGAGGAAAAUACUAUGGAAGACUUGGUAGCAGCUGCACUGGUGGACCACAUCCAGUUUGGGGACUGCCACAUUGGAAACAGCUAUAACGUGAGCUUCACAAUCACAAACCACAGCCAAGUGAACGUGAUACGGUUUGAAUGGCCCCCUGUAGCUACAGUUUCCUUUUCCCCACAGAGAAUAAGUUCUGCCGAGAUGGUUGCUAGGCUGAUGUUGAGGAAUUCCAUGGAAGCCUGCAUGGAUGAAGACAGGUCGCAGUCUUCCCAUCCCAGAGUGCAGACCUGUGUCCCCCAAGGCAGAGAAGCCAGGGAGACCGUGCAUAUCAUCAACAAGGAGGAGCAGGGGUUCCAUUUUGCCUUCCAGGACAACUCCCGAUAUUCUGAAGGUUUCAGCAACAGCCUGGUGAUACGUCCCAUGGAAGGCUGGAUCCCACCACUGUCCAGGUUCCCAGUGGAUAUUUUCUUCACACCAAAACAGGAAGGAGAUGUGAACUUUAAUUUGAUCUGCAAUGUGAAAAAGAAAGCCCACCCUCUGACCUUAAAUGUCAAGGCUGAGGGAUACACUAUGAAUGCAGAGGUCAAAUGCAAGGACAGGACUGGCUUGAUCACUCUCCUGACUCCUAAAGAGACUAACAUUAUCAACUUCUAUGAGGUAGAGCUGAACGAAUGUGUUCAGUGUGAACUCAGCUUUAUCAACACUGGAAAGUUCAACUUCAGCUUCCAGGCGGAGCUCUCUGGCCCCAAAGCCCUGCUGCAGUACUUGGAAUUUUCCCCCAUUGAUGGCAGUGUGGAUGUGGGACAAAGUGCACAUGCCUCCUUGUCUUUCCAGCCAUUUAAGAAGUGUGUCUUGAAGGGCCUGGAACUCAGAAUCAAGAUCAGUCAUGGCCCAACAUUUCUGUGCAGUAUCUCAGGCUGCGCUGUGAGCCCAGCUGUUCAUUUCUCCUUCACCAGCUACAACUUUGGGACCUGCUUCAUCUACCAGGCUGGGAUGCCCCCAUACAAACAAAUCCUGGUUGUCACCAACAAGGAAGAAACGUCUAUGAGCUUAGACUGUCUGUACACCAACACCCCGUACCUCGAGGUGAACUUCCGUGUCGAUGUGAUAAAGCCGGGAAAGACACUGGAGAUUCCAAUCACCUUUUAUCCUCGAGAAAGUAUCCAAUACCGAGAACUCAUCCCCUUUGAAAUCAAUGGGCUCUCACAACAAAUAAUUGAAAUCAAAGGGAAAGGCACUGAAAUGAAGAUUUCAGUCCUGGAUCCAUCCAACAGGAUUGUGAAGUUAGGAGCUGUCCUGCCGGGACAGGUUGUGAAAAAAACGGUUUCCAUCAUGAACACCAGCCACACCCACCUCACAUUCAGCCAGUCAGUCCUGUUCUCAAUUCCAGAACUCCAGGAACCCAAGGUCAUCACCCUGAUACCAUUCCACAACAUCACUCUGAAGCCCAAAGAGGUCUGUAAGCUGGAAGUCAUCUUUGCCCCGAAGAAGCGCAUCCCUCCCUUCUCCGAGGAGGUGUUCAUGGAAUGUAUGGGGCUCCUGCGUCCCCUCUUCCUCCUCAGCGGCUGCUGCCAGGCCCUGGAGAUCUCCCUGGACCAGGAGCAUCUCCCCUUUGGGCCAGUCGUGUAUCAGACACAAGCCACGCGUCGCAUCCUUAUGUUGAACACGGGUGACGUGGGUGCAAGGUUUAAAUGGGAUGUCAAAAAAUUUGAGCCUCAUUUCUCCAUCAGCCCAGAAGAAGGCUAUAUCACUGCGGGCAUGGAGGUUUCGUUUGAAGUGACCUACCAUCCCACUGAAGUGGGCAAGGAGAGUCUCUAUAAAAACUUGCUCUGCUUCAUCCAGGGAGGCAAUCCCUUGAGCCUAACCCUAUCUGGAGUCUGCGUGGGACCACCUGCAGUAAAAGAGGUGGUAAACUUCACCUGCCAGGUGCGCUCCAAGCACACGCAGACCAUCUUGCUUUCAAACCGCACCAACCAGACCUGGAACCUGCACCCCAUCUUUGAGGGUGAGCACUGGGAGGGGCCCGAGUUCAUCACCCUGGAGCCCCAUCAGCAAAACAAGCCCUAUGAGAUCACCUACAGACCCCGCACCAUGAACUUGGAGAACCGCAAACAUCAGGGCACCCUCUUCUUCCCCCUCCCCGAUGGGACUGGCUGGCUGUAUAUGCUGCAUGGGGUUGCUGAGCUCCCCAAAGCCGUGGCCAACAUCUUCCGUGAAGUACCAUGUAAGACGCCAUACGUUGAACUCCUGCCAAUCAGCAACUGGCUUAACAAGCCCCAGAGGUUCCGGGUCAUUGUGGAAAUGAUAAAGCCAGAGAAGCCAGACCUAAGCGUCACCUUAAAAGGCCUUGACUACAUUGAUGUACUGUCGGGCUCCAAGAAAGACUAUAAGCUGAACUUCUUUUCCCACAAGGAGGGACUAUACAGUGCAAAGGUGAUCUUCCGAAAUGAAGUGACCAAUGAGUUCUUACACUACAUGGUGAGUUUCAGGGUCAUCCCUUCAGGCAUCAUCAAAACCAUCGAGAUGACGAGCCCCGUCCGGCAGAGCACAUCAGCCUCCAUCAAGGUGGAGAACCCCCUGCCCUAUUUGGUGACCUUCUCCACGGAAUGCAGGGUGCCUGACAUCAGCCUGCCCUCCCAGUUUAUGGUGCCUGCCAACUCCGAGGGCACAUUCUCAUUUGAAUUCCAGCCCCUGAGAGCUGGAGAAACCUUUGGGAGACUAAUGCUGCACAACAGUGAUUUGGGUUACUACCUGUAUGAGCUCAGUUUGAAGGCCACACCAGCACUGCCUGAAAAGCCCAUCCACUUCCAGGCCAUUCUUGGCAGCGGUCAGAGCAUCUUUGCCAAGUUCACCAAUUACACCCGGCAGAAGACAGAAUACUACUGCAGGACCGACUGUCAAGACUUCCACACGGAAAAGAUCAUUAACGCAGCCCCAGGGGCUCAAGGAGGCACGGAAGUCAGUGUGGAGGUCUAUUUUGAGCCCAGCCACCUGGGCGAGACCAAGGGCAUCCUGAUGCUGUCAUCGAUUACAGGCGGGGAGUAUAUCAUCCCCCUCUUCGGAGUGGCUCUGCCCCCGAAGCCCCAAGGUCCCUUCCUGAUCCGGGCAGGGUACAACAUAGUCAUCCCCUUCAAGAACAUUUUCUAUCAUCCAGUCACCUUCUCCUUCAUUGUGGAGAACCCAGCCUUCUCUGUUCGUGCUGUAGACUCCGUGCGGCCCAAGAAGAUCAACAAUAUCACCGUCUCCUUUGAAGGAAACCCGUCAGGCAGCAAAACGCCCAUCACCAGCAAGCUGAUUGUGUCUUGUCCUCCCAGUGAAGGCAAUGAAGCAGGUGUUAAAUGGGUUUAUUACCUGAAGGGAAUCACCCCUUAGUGGUAACUAAGGUCAGCUACAUCAAUGGAAAGCCAUCUCCUCAACCUUAGAAUCUAUGUAUUAUUCUACCCUGGCGAAGAACAGAGAAAAUAGUCAGAAUUCUACAGCUACUGUUUUAUCUCCUCCUUCAAUUAUCGGGGCACUUAUUUCCAUAUUAUAUGCAUUCCAAAUAUAUAUAUAUGAAAUAUAUAUAUAUACAUGCUAACUACAAAAAAAAAAAAAA